AUGAGUUCAUGGAGAGGGCAGACGAGUUUAUCAACCAAGAAGAGACUCUUCGAGCGUUGCUCGGGAAAGGAAUCGCCCAAACCUCUAAUCAGGGGGGACAAGCCGAAGAAAAAGAAAGAAUUCCACAGGAGGCAGGAUGCAACGGAGCCCGGGAUCAAGAAGAAAUUCCAGGAUUACAACUGGACCCCCCUCAACUCGCCCAUCGAAGAGGUCCUAGAGGCGAUUAAAGUGGAUCCCAUUUACGAGAAACCUGCGGAGAUAGUGGGAACUCCCCACCCAAGGACCGCUGACCACUAUUGCGCUUUCCUUGAGUCAAAGGGGCAUAGCACAGAGAAUUGCAGGUCCUUGCGGGCCUUAAUCGAGAAGUUUAUCCGGAACGGGAAGCUAGUCUGUUUCCUGGCAGGUCAACGGGGUCCGCCUGGGUUUGAUCGAAACCCCCAGCCCGAGGAACGGAGGAACCAGUCACAGAGAUAUCGGGAAGAGCCCAGGGAAAGGAUGGAACGUCCCCGGGAUCAUGAUAGGGAGCCUAACAAUCGACCAGCCGACCGGGACAGGCGAGAGAGAAGCAGGAGUCAAGCGCGGCUGCCUGGUCGGGAAAACCUCCGCGAAAUUCAUACAAUAUCCGGCGGUUUUGGAGGUGGAGGAGACUCAAGUGCAGCGCGUAAAGCAUAUGCGAGGCACCUAAAGGAGUUCGAAAUAUACUCAGUCCAGAGACCGUCGAAAAUGAGGAAGUAUGAGGAUUUACUCAUUGGUUUCUCAAAUGAAGAUUUUGUUGGGGUCUCGCUCCCCCACUCGGACGCUCUAGUGGUGACUUUAGCGAUCGCCAAUCAUAAGAUACACAGGGUCCUUGUCGACACCGGAAGUUCCGCCGACAUAAUAUAUAAGUCAGCCUUCGAGUUGAUGAGCAUAGGUCAAGGGAAGUUGGUCCCGGUGAAGGGUCCCUUGGUCGGUUUUUCGGGAGAACAGGUCCUCCCGAUCGGGUCUAUUGACCUACCGGUUAUGGCGGGAACUAGCCCUCAGGAGAAAACGGUUAUGGUGAAAUUCUUAGUUCUGGAAGGGCGGUCGGCUUACAAUGUUAUCCUGGGGAGGCUAGCCUUGAAUGAUUUGGGGGCCGUAACCUCAACCCCCCAUCUGUGCAUGAAAUUCCCGACUAGCUCAGAAGUCGGUGUGGUCAGGGGAGACCAGAGGGCUGCCCGCAUGUGCUAUAUCACUACCUUGAAGGCCGGCCACGCAGAAGAUGCUGGGGAAAGGGAGAAAUAG